AUGAUGAACACAAAGAAGCUAAUCAAGAUGGUCAAGAAGUGGCAACAAAGAGCAAACUUAAGCAGGGAAAUAAUCUCAUUCCAUAGAUCAACUACUAGCAGCUCAACCUUUGUAAAGAAGGGUUGUUUUGUGGUUUACAUGACUGAUAAAGUCCGAUAUGCUUUUCUGUUAUGUUACAUGAGCAGCUCUAUUUUUCAAGAACUCUUUAAUAUAUCUGAAGAAGAGUUCGGCCUCCCGACCGGUGGAAAAUUUUACCAUUCGAUUCAACUUGCUUGGAAUAUCUAA